GCAACACUUCAAUUUUCCUUCCUUCUCUAGCUUUUCCAGAUCCUAUAGAAAACCUCAGCAGACAGUUUUUUGGGACUGAUCUUAAGUACCAUAAGAGUACAUGUUAACAACACUUGACCUGUGUAGUCUAAGACACCUUUGUAUCCAUGCGUUAGCUAAAGUUGUUUUACCACUUACCAUUAUUCUCUUGAGUGAUACAUAACUUGGCUUUACUAGGUCUGCUUAUAAAUUUAUCUAUUGGUUUUGUUAUGGUCCUGAGAUGAACAGGCGUUCCUACCAUAAAUUGGUAUAGUUGCCUUUUAUUCAACAGAUAGGUUUCUUUAUAUUUUGGCUGUCAUUUUCCUUAAUACUUUUUUGUUAGGUGACAAUGCUCCAUCAUCCAUUAUUUAAUGAAUGUUUUACUUAACUAUUUAAAUGUCUGGUUCAAUAACAUGUUCCCCAAUUCAAUCUUUUUAGCCAUAAGAGCAGUUUGUAAAAUUUGAAGUCAUUAUUUCCAGCAGUGUUCGUUGGGAUGCUUUGCCUGUUAUUUAAUCCCCCAAAAGGCAGAUGGUCUCCAUGACUUCCUAUUUAUGUCCCAUAUAGCCUAAAUUUAUCCAGUGCAGAGUGAUGUAUACCCACUACUGUUGAAUUUGAUAGUAGCUUUUUACAACAGCUUUGUGUGGGUGUAAACGUUGACAUAAGGUGGAGGAGAAUUAGACACUUUCCAUCCUAACAAAUGUCUUUGUUUAGUUUGUAAACCUAGAGAUUCCCUGCUAUGCCACUGUAUUUUUAGGUUCCCUGAAUCUGGUGCCUGAAAGGAGUAAAGUUAUAGGGUUUUUUUACUAUUAGUGAGUCGCUGGCCUACAUUAGAGCAGCCCAAGACCUGCUCAAAUUCUGGCUGCGUGUCUGAGAUCUGCUGAGAGUCACACGCCAGCUCAGAAUAGCUGGAAUGUACUACUGCAAUGUACCACUGCCUUCCCACUUCCCUCCCCUCACUUUGGCUGGGGCUUCAGGGGAGAAACAGCCUCCUGGCGCAUGACUGGAGAGCUGAAAAGCAGCAGCAAGUUGUUCGUUUGAAGAGGAGAGACAUGAGUUGCACAGUAAGAGAUUUACCUUGCUAGUUCUACAUUUGGGCUAAAAUCUAUUGAGACCUCUGGAGGGUGUUUCCACAUGGCUAAUGUUUUCUUUCGCCAAAACAAAAUGGACAUAGCAGACUCACUGUAUGCUGAGGUAACUGACAUCUGGCAUGCCUUUCUUACGAAGUCAGUUCAAACACAGGAGCAAAUUCACAAGUCAAGAGCAGAAAAGUCUCCAUUCACUGAGGACAAAGAAAUCAGUGAAGACAGUAUGACUGAAGCCCAGCAAGCAGAAGCAACUCAAGUACUGAAUGCAGUACUAGACAUCAGAGAACAGGCACUGAAGCAACAACCUGGCGAAACCGCAAGAGUUUUACAUGCUCUUGCAAUGCUUUAUUAUCUGGUUAUGGAUUUAUCAAAGGCUUAUGAAAUGGGGACAAAAGCCUUUGACCUGCUGAAACAACUGCCCCAACAAGAAUCUCUAGAAGCCAUUGGCCGUUUGUUAAAGUUGAUUAACUCCAAGCCUUUUUACACAAAAUAAGGAGCUCUUUCUACCAGGGCCAGGUCCUUGGCUACAGAUCCUAGUUAUCUAACUAUGUUGAAAACAAUGAAAAUACAUUACAAGGCAUAGGUCCUGUCUGCUAUUGUCAUCUUUCUAGAUGUGUCCUUUUCCAUCUCCAGGUGUUUGAAAGUUCAGCUUUGUGGUAUUAGUUUAUUUUCACAUGCUGGUCAACCUCUGUAGACUGUUAUGGAAUAACAGCAUGAGGGUGGGAAACAAAAGCACAACCAUCACAAAAUGCAUGAAUUGUUACCUACUUGCUUAUGUAAAUAAGAACAGCCUUUUGCAUCCUCA